AAAAAAAAUUGCGAAGCCAUUGAAUAUGAAAUCUCCCACUGGAUCAAAAAAAAAAACAUUAUUAAAUGUAACGAAUUAAAUGUAAGAAAGCAAAAAAUAAAAACCAAAAAAAAAAAAAAACAAAAAAAAAAAACGCGUCAUUAUCCGCAAAUAUUCGUUUUAACAAUUGCAACAGCAACGGUAAAGGCAAAUAAAAUGAUGUCCCCGAAGCGUUGGAUAUUAUUACUAAUCUUUUAUAUAUCGUAUUUAAUGUUUGGUGCCAGCAUUUAUUAUCAUAUCGAGCAUGGCUUGGAGAAGCAACAACGCGCUGUUGAGCUAAAGGAAAGAAUUGAUAUUCACGAAUAUUUACUUGAUCAGUUGGCCGAUAGAAAUACUAGCACACAAAACACAAUUUUGAAACGUAUAAGCGAUUAUUGCGAUAAGCCCGUUACGGAUUAUCGUAAUGAUAAAUAUGAAAUACCUUACACAUGGACUUUCUAUCAUUCUUUCUUCUUCGCCUUCACUGUCUGCUCGACAGUGGGCUAUGGUAAUAUAGCUCCGACGACUACCUUAGGACGUAUGAUAAUGAUUGCUUACUCGGUUAUUGGUAUACCGGUAAAUAGUAUAUUGUUUGCCGGCUUGGGUGAAUAUUUCGGAAGAGUGUUUCAAUCAAUCUAUCAUCGUUACAAAAAGUAUAAAAUGUCAACGGAUAUACACUAUGUUCCACCGCAAUUGAGUUUAAUAACUACAAUACUGAUAGCCCUGGUACCGGGUAUUACUAUGUUCUUGCUAAUACCUUCGUGGGUGUUUUCCUAUUUUGAGGAUUGGCCUUACUCGUUGGCCUUUUAUUAUGCUUACGUUACUACCACAACGAUAGGUUUUGGUGACUAUGUACCCACGUUUCAACCACAACAACAUCGUGAAUUCGGUAUUUGGUUUGUGGUCUAUCAGAUUUUCAUAAUAGUUUGGUUCAUCUUCUCGUUAGGUUAUCUAUUGAUGAUAAUGACAUUUAUAACGCGAGGACUUCGCAGUAAGAAAUUAGCCCAUCUCGAGCAACAACUAUCUUCGAAUAUUAAAGCAACCCAGCAUCGCAUCUGGAAUGGAGUCACCAAAGACAUCAGUGCCAUACGUAGAAUAUUUAAUGAAUUAUAUUUACUAAAAUUUAAGCCUGUCUACACAAAAUGUAAUGAACCGCAUUGCUUAAAUCGUUCUAUAUCUUGCCCUGAUCUAACUAUUUAUCGUAUGGAACCGAUAUCUGAACAUGCGCGUAAACGUGCUUUUUCCGAAUGCUACGAUGGGACUGAAGCGCGCACUGAUGGUACACCCUUCAGUUUACAUGCAAAUUCGGAUACAGAGUUAAAUAAAAUUGAUCGUCAAAAAUCAUUCGAAACUGCUGAGGCUUUUCGCCAAACUACUAAUCUAUUAGCAAAAGUAGUUAACGCUUUAGCCGCAAUUGCACCUCCCACUCUUCCCGCUGCCUACGAUGGUGAUGCUAAUAACGUGCGCAAUUAUUACCAUGGCUUCACUGAUUCGCAAAUUUUGGCCAGUGAAUGGCCUUUCAAUGGCGAUUUGCCUAAGCAACGGGAAAGAGCUUGUUCUGAAUGCAAUACCGAUCGAAAAUGGCAAAAAAAUUUGCAUAAUACUGCUAACGAUCAUAACGAAUGGACUUGGAGUGGCGAUAAUAAUCAGAUACAAGAAGCCAUCAAUAUACGAUAUCGUCAAAAGGAUCAAUAUCAGCAUCUAUAUCCCAACAGUUUCGGCCAAAUACCAUUGAAUUAUAUCGUUAAUAUGGAAGGAGAAGAGGCAGCAAGGAAGACAAGAUCUAAAAAAUUUUCCAUACCUGAUGGUAUACGCAAAUUAUUUCCCUUUAGGAAGAGAGCUUUGACGGCAGACUUUGAACGGCCUGAGACUAAUGUAAAUGCAAGAGAUCGUAAAAUUUCAGCGAUAAGUGUACCCGAAGUUAAGCCGCAUUGUACAUCUGAUUUGAAUUAUUAUAGCACAGUAACGGCCAACGCUAGUCCAACAUAUUUUAUUAACGGUAAACUAUUACAUUCCAGCAAUUUAUAUCCGUCCGCGAGUAGUUUAUGUUCGAAAUUAUCAUUAACUGAUAAUAAAAUUAAUGACCUAAAUGAUCAAACUACAAUAGAUUUUUCUAGUGCAACCUAUCUUAAACGUCAUAAGAGAGAGAAUGGUACUUUAAUCGGAGAGAAGCCUGAUAAAUUUAGUUUAAUGCAAACUGAAAGACGUUGUAGCGUUUUAAGCAACAACUACGAUCGAUCGAGCAAUGUCCUCUCAAAUACAAUACGUCGUCAUAAUAGCGUUUUUCCAACGACCUUUGAUGGCUCAAGGAGGCCUAGUAUAUUUUCAGCUACCUCGCAAGAAGAUAGAGAAGUAUUAGAAAAUACUACAUUGGCUGAUUUGAUACGGGUUUUAGAAGUGAUGCAUACUCAGGCGAUAUUAGGCGAGGCCGCUGAUAGUUUGUCUACAGCCUCAGCUCGUGGCGAUAAUGAAGCGAAAAAGAAAAGAAAAAUCGGUUCUGUUGGAUUGGAUAUAACACCAAUGUUCCCAAUGUUUCUUCCAAACGAUAAUGAUAAGACCUUAAGCGCAACAGCAGUAAAUCGCUUAUAUGCUCGACGAUCGACCGUGGUGGGUACACUUUCACAAUCGCCCCAACAAUCUAUAACUUCGAAUAGCAGCAUAUCCAAUAUUAUUACACGUCGGCGACAAUCACAAAAUACCCAGUUCGUGGAAUUACCACCAAUUUACACGGAAACAUCGGAUAAAGAUAUGCAGAAUUCUGCAAAUACAUUAGCUUCAAGAUUUAAGAGACGAUUUAGCAUCAGACCGACAGCUUUACAGAUACCACCUGGUAAAGCUCCGCCACCCGAAAGUAAAGAGAGCAACGAAUUACAACAACAGCAGCAACAAAUGCCAUUGGCAAUUGCCGGAGCAAAUGCGUCCACUCAAAUAUUAUUGCAGCCAACACAAAAUGUUUUACAAAAACGCUUAUCCUUGAAACCUUCGCCACUGGCUCAAAUCAAUACGGUAAAUAUUAAUCCAUCGGGACCAGCUGAUAAUGUACGUGCACUUCCGCGCAAUACAACUAGCACUCACUCGCCUUUGUCGCGUAUCGUGCAAAUAUCGCAAGCGAAGCGUAAAAGCAGUAUGACCGAUGAGUUUGGAACACGUUGGUCAGAUAAAUAAGUUCAACGCUCUUUUUCUCCAAUCCUAUUAUUCGUUCCUUAGAGGAAUUCCGUUACAACAGAACGUAUUAGUUUGCAUGUUUCACAUGCGUAACAAUUCAUGUUUUUAAUCAUCAUAACGCAUUUUAUUCUUACGAUUGCCAAAAAAAAAAAAA